AUGACUACCUGUAGCCGCCAGUUCUCUUCCAGCUCCAUGAAGGGCUCCUGUGGCAUCGGUGGUGGCUCCAGCCGCAUGUCCACUGUGCUGACUGGAGGCACCUGCCGGGCGCCCAGCACCUAUGGGGGCCUGUCCAUGUCUUCCUCUCGUUUCUCCUCCGGGGGCGCCUGUGGCAUGGGCAUGGGGGGUGGCUUCAGCAGCAGCAGCUUUGGUGGGGGCCUGGGUGCAGGACUCGGUGGAAGUUUCGGAGGCGGUUAUGGUGGGAGCUUUGGUGGAGGCUUUGGUGGGGCCCUGGGCGGUGGCGAUGGCUUGCUCUCCGGGAACGAGAAGGUGACCAUGCAAAACCUCAAUGACCGCCUGGCCUCCUACCUGGACAAGGUGCGAGCCCUGGAAGAGGCCAACACCGAGCUGGAGGUGAAGAUCCGAGACUGGUACCAGAAGCAGCGCCCUGCCGAGAGCAAGGACUACAGCCCCUACUUCCGGACCAUCGAGGAGCUGCGCAGCAAGAUCCUCGCAGCCACUGUGGACAAUGCCAAUGUCCUGCUGCAGAUCGACAAUGCCCGCCUGGCUGCUGAUGACUUCCGUACCAAGUAUGAGACUGAGUUGAACCUGCGCAUGAGCGUGGAAGCCGACAUCAACGGCCUGCGCAGAGUGCUGGACGAGCUGACCCUGGCCAGGGCCGACUUGGAGAUGCAGAUUGAGAGCCUGAAGGAGGAGCUGGCCUACCUGCGCAAGAACCAUGAGGAGGAAAUGAGCUCCCUGAGAGGACAGGUGGGUGGAGAUGUUAAUGUGGAGAUGGACGCCGCUCCUGGUGUGGACCUGAGCCGCAUCCUGAAUGAAAUGCGUGAGCAGUACGAGAAGAUGGCCGAAAAGAACCGCAAGGAUGCCGAGGACUGGUUUUUCAGCAAAACCGAGGAGCUGAACCGUGAGGUGACCACCAACAGCGAGCUGGUGCAGAGUGGCAAGAGCGAGAUCUCUGAGCUCCGGCGCACUGUGCAGAACCUGGAGAUCGAGCUGCAGUCUCAGCUCAGCAUGAAAGCCUCCCUGGAGAACAGCCUGGAAGAGACCAAGGGCCGCUACUGUAUGCAGCUGUCCCAGAUCCAGGACCUGAUCAGCAAUGUGGAGGAGCAGCUGGCCCAGCUCCGCUGCGAGAUGGAGCAGCAGAACCAGGAGUACAAGAUCCUCCUGGACGUGAAGACUCGCCUGGAACAGGAGAUUGCCACCUACCGGCGCCUGCUAGAGGGCGAGGAUGCCCACCUCUCCUCUUCCCAGUUCUCCUCUGGCUCUCAGUCAUCCAGAGAUGUGACCUCUUCCAGCCGCCAAGUCCGCACGAAGGUCGUGGACGUGCAUGAUGGCAAGGUGGUGUCCACCCAUGAGCAGGUCCUCCGCACCAAGAACUGAGACUAUCCAGUAGUACUCAACCCAGGAGACCCUGUAUGUGCAAAGAUUUGCAUGAAGAUCCCCUCUCCUGCUCACCCCAGUCUCUUACAGCCCAAGCAUUUCACACCGAACCCUACCUCGCCCUUGCCCCCUCCUGGCAAUCAAUAAAACUUAUUAUCUCUAUUGCACAA